UUCGCUUUGAAUAGACUUAAUUUGCUAUGCGUUGCAAUCAUUUCGGCGCACGGCGGGUGUGUACUCGGCAUUUCGGUUGUCUUUUUUAUUUGUUUGUUUAGUUUACUUGCGUAUCGCGAUCGGUUGGAAUACUUUAAACACGCGCUCCUGUGUCUUGUUCAGUGCUAACAUCAACAUAAAAACAAGCAGAAAGUAUUUUUCAUUAGCAUCUAUGGAUUGAUCAUUAAUUUUUUCUGUAAAACGAAUGAUUCAUCAGGUACUCUUAUCACAAUGUCACUGGAGGGCGUAGAAAAAGCAUUGCAAGAAAAUCAGCCUUUCACAGCGGAACAACUGCUCCGGGAAGCAUAUGAUCAGAAGGGUGCAGCAGAUAUUUUCUAUCAGGUGAUACGGAAUGGAUCUGUGCCGGCUUUCAAGUUGCUCCUGACGAUGAACAUCUGUAACGACACGGAAACAUUUCUGCAAUGUUCCAACGCUAUGAUUGAGCUGGGUGUUAAAAAUGUAUCAAUUUCUUGGGAGAUGAGUCAACAUCUACUGUAUCGAAUCUCCUCGUACGGACUGCGCAAUUUGAGUGGCGACCCCGUUGUUACCAAAUCUGAAAGCUAUUGGAAAGAAUCAAUUGCCCUGAUAAGCCGGUGGGUUCACGAGCUACGGAAGCGGGGGAAAUGGUACGAGUUUCUGGCAGUGGACGAUGAAGUGAUGUUCCGCAUAGCAAUGAUCCAUAACCAGCUGUAUUUCAUUAAGAAUCAUCCCGCCCUGUUGCGACUGCCGCUGAAGGAAUUAAUUUUUUGUUUGGCAGUGUUCAUACAUAUUUUUAGCGAAAUUCCUGGAAGUUUCGCGUUCAGAACAGUGCUCAACAAAAGAAAUGUGAUGCAGUUUUUAAUUGCCAUUGUGGCGCAUCUUGAGAGAAUAAGGCAACAAGAAGAAGAAAAAGGGCGUGGAGAAAUGAGGAAAACAAAACCAAAGAAGAUGCACGUUAUGAAAAAGUUGCUGAAGACUUAUCGCAGAACUAAACACAUUUACACGACGUUCAAAAUAAUUCUCGGUGCGCAAAUAUACAGACAGUUUAGUGACAAGGAUUAUGAACGCGCCAAUGCUCCAACGACAGUUGCCGCCAUGAAACGGUUCAUACAAAUAUUUGGAGAAGCGAUCAAAAAUACCGCAGACAGUCCUAAUCUGUCCACGAAGUUGCACAACACCCUCUACGGUAUGCUGUCAGAGUCGAUCUCAUUGAAUUCGAAGUAUAGGAAUUUCUCCAGUCACGGAUUUCCCCUUUCUUAUCUGUACGUUCGGGACACUGAGCAAAUAUUCUACUACAAAAAUUUACCUGAUUACAUUUUUCUAAUCGAGGUGUCGAUGCAGAUCCUUUGUGUGUACACUUUACACGACAGCAUGCGUUAUCAGUACGGGAUGAUGAGACGAUGUCGUUCGAUCGAGGAUUUGCGUGCCCUCAUCGUGUACGCUUGUGGAAAUGAAAUAUCGGAUCUCCAGGAGUUUUUGUUCAAGCGAAUUACGUCUUAUCUAUGUUUGGUCAAAAAUGAUCUGAAGGAGACUGAAGGGGAUGCUUUGUCCGAAGCAGAACGUAAAGAUUUGGGUGAUGCUUGGGAUAAUCUUAAUAAAAAAGUAGUUCUGGUUGAGGAAUUGCGCAAAAUGCAGUUUCAUCGGACAAGUGCAGUAACAGAAAUCAUCGCUUUUGCCAAUGGUAACAUCAGCUCGAUUCACCGUUUGCUGGAUUCGAAAUUCACAGACAGUUCGAGUUCACGUGAUGUCUUCACGAAAAUUAUUGACAAUUGGGAGACACUCUCCCCGCCGGCUUUCCUGAGUAAGGAUUACCGGGGGACUAUCGUGCAAUCAUAUGUGCAUAGACGACUCGAGCUGGAGCACGACCAUUCCGAAGAGUGGAGAUACCGAGAGAAGAGUCGAGAGAUUUUUGAGUUCUUUAUGAGCGGUUCGAAUCUGGAUGGAGACACUCUCCGGAGAUUAGAGGACGAAUUGCACACAGUGUUGUGUAAGUCUCAAAAUGGGUACUAUUUGAACAUUUUCGAUCUAAACUGCAAAGCGCAUGCCAUUAAACUCACGCUGAAGGAAGCCUUUACUGGACCGAAGAAAUCAAAAGAAUUCAAACAACGAAAGCUUGAAUUUAAGUCCAAGUUGGCAGAACUUCGAAGGCAGGAUAAAAUACAAUUACGGGAAAUAUUUCAAACACUAAUAAGUAACAUUCGUCAAUCAUUUUUGCGAUACGGCUGUGACAACAUCGACAAUUUUAUCCAACACCGAAACACAAUACCGCUAAAGGCCCAUUUUGCCAUUCAGUAUUGGCAGCUGCAGGUUAUGGAAAUAUUAUGUGGAACCGGCUUUUUCGGGGAUAAUUUCAUCACUUUGACAAAGUCACUGCCAAUGAUGUGGGGUAGCUCCUACCGAAACUAUCUUGCCCAUGAUUCUCUUUCGUACCAUUUACUAACUUCCAACGAACCGGUAGAUAGUCUCGUUAAUGGAUUUGUUCUAGCUUGGGAAUGUGAUGAUUUGGAUAUUUUCGGAAAGAGUCCUAAAUUCGGGCUGGAUGGUUUAGUGACGAUCGAACGGGAUGGUUUCCACUGGUUGGAAACACAACGCGAUUUACUCUCCGGUAUUCGACAACGAAAUGUAUCACUUAUUGAGAAGAGCUUAGUGCGGGGAGCUGAAUUAACUGGAUUCUAUCUACAAAACCUUGGAUGUUUCCUUCGAAUAAACCAAUAUGGAAUACCGCUGAUAAGUGCGCAUGAGAUGCUUACUGUCGACGAUCUGGAUCCGAUUCUGCCCGUACUGAACAAAUGGGACCCGCACAAAGGAAAUUUGUUAAUCAAUGGGAGAUAUGACCUUUUAGCAGCAGUUAAUUUGCAACGUUUUGAUGACUUAUCUACCCAGGAAAUAAUCGAACAGAUUGAAACGACCCAGCCUCAACUUAUGAUGCCUCUCGUAGGUGCAUUGCUCAACUAUUAUAAAACUCUGAAUAAUUUUCAAGCCAUGGAAGAGCUACUUAAAAAAUACGAAGAGAAUACCACUCUGAUAAUUUCAAUGGCCAUAGGUUCGACGGAGUCCGGGCGGAGUUUUCUAGAACCGCACAUUAGCUACGAUUAUAACAUUUUCAACGAGCUGCAAGAUUGGGAACUGGAUCGAUUAUUCACGGAAACUCAUCCCGCCUCUGAUUAUGAGCUUGGGAUCACCAUAAGACGUAACGAUAUUGCCAUCUUCAAGCACAUAAUUCAAAAUUGCUACCAGACCUCGCGUUCAACGCUGACAGAGUCGGACCUAGUGGAUGCGCUGGACGAUUGUUUCAGUUUCGGCCGGCUGGAAAUGAUCCGCUGCUUUUUCGCCAUUGGUAUCGGUUGCGAUACUGCUGUUCUCGCCGAUUCACUAUACUCGGCCACAGUUAAGAAUCAAUGGAAAGCUGUGGAACUGCUGCUUGAAAAAGGCGUGGAUGCAAUGAGCGAAGAUGAGGUUGCACUUGAAUACGUAAUCGGCCACAGAAACUUCAAGCUGGCGCGAAAAAUGCUUGUUGACACCAUUCCAGAGCAAUACGCGAAGGACAUUAUCCUCUGCAUGGCUAAGAAGGGAUCUCUGCGUGCAAUGAAAUUUCUUAUGACCAAAGGGGUGAACAUUUGGCAAUGCGAAGGAGUUUUAAGUUCUGCCCUGGGGAAUACUAAUCCGGAGGUGUAUACUCACUUGAAAGAGAUUAUUUUCGCCUCGACAUCGAUCAGCACCAACGACGAGGAACUGAAGCUGUGGAUACGGGUGCUGAAUGAACUGAAAAUUUUGGCAUUUUUGGUUAUGGACAAAAAGUUUUUCACGGCGUUGGUUCAAGAUAUGACUAAGGCUAUGGAAUUGCUGAAUCGUAUGUCGACCUUUCUUAUGAUCGAAGGACGACAUUUUGCGGAAAAUUUCCACUUUGAAAGUGUCUCGGGUCUGCUAUGCACGUAUAUUCCGCCGAUCGAUUUAGACGCCAGAGGAAUAAUCGGAAAGUGUGAUGAAUUCACGAACAGAAUUCGUAAUUUGCCACGCGGUUUGUUAACUAAAAAAGUUGAAUUCAGUGCCAUAUUUGCCGACGAGGUGCGUGUGAUUAAUGCUGAAAUAAAGCUCACGAUGCAUUCUACGCAACCAAUAGGUCACUUUGGUAACGAGCACCAGGUGAUUCAAAUUGAAUUCCAUCCUCACACUGCCGAUGCUAUUAGUUUAGGUCUCAGAGAACUUCUCCUUAAGAUCCGGUAUUUGGUAGCUGUAACGGGAAACGUCAUUGUGCACAGUUUGGACAAUCGUAGACUUGAGCACUUCCGAUGUAUACAAAUCGAAUCAAGCAGCUGUAUUCUCGAGGAAUCGCCCGCAGCGAAUUUGGAUUUAGGGCUGCUGUUGAAUUUUCCUGGAACAAAAUCCGUACUGCAUUCGCUUCCUUCGGAUGUACCAGUAAAACUGACAGAAACUCUUCUGCGCUUUGGAGCUGAUCCAACUUGUAUAGACAAACACGGAAGGACGCCAUUUCGCUUACUGCUUGCUUGUUAUAUGGCGGUGGAACCAUUUGAUCUCAUGUAUCAGUAUUGUGUAAAUAAUGACAUAACCUUUCAAUGUGGAACACAUGUUUUUAACCUCAAAGACGAUGAUGGAUUCACCCCUCUACAUUCCGCCGUUGGUACAAACAACUAUAAGAUCGCGAAGUUUCUACUGUUGAAUGGGGCAGACCCUACCCUGGCGGACUCAUCCGGCGAAGGUGCAGUUCUAGGUUAUGCGGUCUUGAAUCGCAACGUGAACAUUGUUCGUCUCCUGCUGGACCACUGCCCGGCAAUGGUGAACAUGCCGUAUAACAGACAGGGCGGAUCGUUACUUAACCUCGCAGUUAGAAUAAACCACGACUACCUCGUACGUUUGCUGCUAGAACGUGGUGCCAAUUUGUUCUGCGUAGAUAAUGAAGGUUCCUCAGCAAUAGAGCGUGCUAUAGAAGGAUGUGCCAUCGAAUCGUUGCGAGUAAUUCUUGAUUUCGCGGAUGAAUGUGGAAUAUGGGUUGCAGAAGCUGUGAAUAUGAAUGGGAAGUCAGUGCUAGAGUUAGCCAGAGAGAAGUCAUGCCCAGAGCUGCUGGAAAUGUUAGUGUGCCAUAUUAUGAAAUCAGCGAUCACAUCCUUGGUUGCCAUUAAAGAACGCUAUCGAUUAUAGCAGAUGUUGUGGUAAUGGAACAGAAGAUACAACUGCCCCAUCACUUUAUUUUCGAGCUCUUCGCUGACAGCUGCAAAUUUCCUCACGAUAGACGUCUGAAGUUGAACCCAGAUAUCGCGUCAGUGGUUGCUAUUUUUAUAUGUUCUCUGUUGAUAUAUUAUGUUGCAUAUCCGAAUAAAGCUAUAUUUCGUUUACA